AUGGCCCGAAAUAUCUCAAGUCUCAAUACUUUCGAACUCAGCUGCCCACACCAAGCUAGACAACAUCCAAGCAUGUCACUUCAAAAAAGAUAUCGCCAAAUUAAUCGGAAAAUUCGAGGCCAGCCAAAACCCUUUACUAGGAUUGAACUUGUCGGUAACGGCGCCCUGAGCAGUCUUCCAGCUGAGAUAAUUCAAAAGGUUGCCAAGUAUUUACCAUCCUCCUCGGUAGCUGUUUUAUCCCUCGCCUCUAAAGCUAUUCGCUAUAAAUUGGGAGCGAAAUAUCUCAGAACAGAGAUCAAAGAGCCGAUCGACUCCUGCAUCAGCUAUGCCUCACCUCUUCAAUAUUUAAUAACAGUAUAUUGGGCCUACCAACGAAUAUCUUGGAACCAUCACGAGCCACCAAAACUCCCCGAAUUAAAAAUGUUUCUCUUCCUGCUCGCGCGUGAUUCGCCCAGUAAGAUAUUUUGUUUUCGAUGUGGAUACUUGCAUUCACCCAAAAGAUCAGACCAGGCGCAGCGAUGGUGGCCAUGGUCGUGGAAAAAUUGUUUAACUUUCAAUGGAUCCAUUAUUCAAAUGUACUAUGGCCGACAUUUUCACUUUGAAGGUGCGCAGCUUGCUAUGCAGCAGUACCGGCGCGGAAUUUCUCCCAAAAAGGAACUACGCCGCUUAACUGAUCACAGUCGUAUCUCUGAACUAGAUUCUGGCUCUAGUUCCGGUUUACGAACACUUCGGAGUCUUGAUGCUAGGAUUGCUAGAAACCGAUUAUAUGUCAGAGUCGUACGCGAGGCUUAUGUAUCGGACCUUACGGAGAAUGUUGUUAGUGCUUCAAUUGGGCAAUUAUAUGUCUGUCCACAUCUUACAGGAAGAGAUCCACUCAGCUGCCGACUCGUUAAAAGCUGGGUACACAUGGAUUUUUGCAAGUCGCCCGCCGAUUAUCAGUGUGCAUUUUGCAGGACGGAGAUGCAAGUCGAAAUCAAAGCUCCAAAGAGAUUGCUAGCUAAACGAUACUCCAUAGUCAUUAGGGUCUGGCAAGACUUUGGGACUCUCUACCAUCCAGCUGAUCUUGACUGGUAUUCUCAUCUAGAUACUUUUGAGUCCUCAACACCUGUCGAGUUUCCUGUAGGUGGUAUUCGGAAAGCAUUCGAAUACGCUUGA